GUCUUCUCUGGAGUUGGCAAACUCGCACUCAUUGAAGACGAUAGCAUUUCCUGCCAUCAGCUGUGGUGUCUUUGGGUACCCUCUUGACGAGGCAGCCAAGGUGUCGCUGACCGCUGCGAGGGACAAAGCAGGCUCCCUGGAGGAAGUUCACUUUGUCCUGUUUGAGCGCAGUGUGUGGGACGCUUUCCUGGAUUUUGCCACAACCACCUUUGAGCGCCCAGUGCAGCCUGACAAACAGGGCACAACAGGCGAAGAGCCAAGUGCAAAUGAAGAGGAGGCCGGGGAAAUGGGUGAGACGAGUGAUACGGGCCAGGGCGCAGUGGCAGCUGACAUCGGUGGUGGGACAUCCGAAGAGCCUUCCAGCCAGGGCGCAAGGGAAUUGGAAGGCGCUCUGGGUACUGAAAUGGAAACAGAUGGUGACAAGAAGUCGACUGUAGCAGAAAACACUGACAGCGGCAUGAAUGCUCGUGCUCAGGAUGCAGUCAAAGAAGAGUUGCCAGCUGAGAAGGAUGGUGGCAAGGAUGGUCCCUCAGGAGAUGGGAUUCAUAGUUCUACCAAGGAGGAAGAUGACCCCAUGCAGGGGGUGUGCGUUCAGGAUUCAGCCAACGAGGCAAUGCCAGACGAAGUGGAUGUUGCCAAAGGCGACAAGAUGCAGGAAAACAUUCAGGAUUCGGCCAACGAAGCGUUCGUUGAUAGGGAUGGUGACACCAGUCACCCCAUGCAAGCUAGCAAAUCGCACACGGGUGCAUCGACUGGCAAAGGUAACAGCGGUGCAGGUGCACACCCCAAGGAUGACAAUGUAGUUGUGUUGGAUAAGGCGGGCGCAAUGGGGGCCGCCACCUGUGAGGAAGAGGUCUGUGAAGACGAGUCGUCCAAGGAGGCCAGCAAUGUGAAUGUGGAUUUGCGUGUGACCGAGAAUGGGAAUGUGAAUGUGAAUUGUGAAUGUGGGCAGCCUCUGAAGGAGGAGUGUGUGCCAGACAGCGGGGAAGCAGCUGGGAAGGAUGGCCUGACAAAGAGGGAGGAUUGA